GUUGGUGUUGAUCGGUUGUAUGAGCUUAGAAAUCAGAAUCAGUGACAAUGAUUCAUGGGAAAUCGUUAGAUUGAUCUCAUUUUGGUAUUGAGCAAUAAAGAAUGAACAGUUUCAAAAAUUUUCCUCUUAUUUUUCUUCUAUUUGCGGUGGCCGAAAUCGACGCAAAAUGCAGAUUGUAUGGCAACUGCAAUCAAGACUCGAAAGGCCACUACCAAUAUUGCCCCCAUCUAUUCGGAGGCAUAGACCCACGACCGCUGAACAAAACAUCUGACGACUACGAUGAGGCUGUGAAUGUUCUCCAGACAUUUUGUCCAUUUUACUUGGAUGAAAAUGGCGAACCUGAAUCGUUGUGCUGCGACAUUGAUCAGAUUUUGGAAAUGGCAGUUGGUUUCAAAAAUGCUGCCCCCUAUCAGAGAUGCGACAGCUGCUACACCAACAAUUUGAAUUUCUACUGUAUAAUGACUUGUGCUCCCAACCAAAAAGACUUUAUCCUCAGUUAUCAUACAGCAUUGAAUUGGACUACAUUUAAAUCAUAUGUUGACGAAAUUGAAAUCAGCAUCAACGAGAAAAUGUUGAACGAUACUUACGAAUCUUGCAAAGACGUUUCGAUGCCAUCAUCAGGAGGUACAGUAAUGUCAAGUGCAUGUGGUUCCUAUGGAGCUACCUGGUGCAAUCCUCUUAGGUGGUAUGAAUUUGCUACUGAUCCAGAUCAAAAUCCUAUUACUCCUUUCAAAAUCACCUAUCAGGUUGUGAAUGACAGUGUUGUAGGUGCAGUGAAUCAAGAAACUGUUCCUUGUAAUGAAGCAUAUCAUGGCAAAUUGGCAUGCGCUUGUAUGGACUGCCCUUCCAGUUGUUCCGACAACGUCUACAGUCCUUUGGAUGUGGGAGGACAACUUUUGUUCGGACUGUUCGACUUGUGGUCCUUUAUCCUAGGGUGCGUUUUGUUCGUGUUUGUCCUAUGUGUCGUGAUGGCAAUUUUGCUACUGAGGCAUCGGUACCUGACUAGUGGACUGAGACCUUGUAGUUGUGGAUUGGAUAGAACAAUUAAGAAGAUUAGAAAAUGUGGUGAUACAAUUCACGAGAUAUUGGGAGAUUGCUUUUACGUUUUGGGAACAACGAUUGCCGAAGAAAAACUGAAAGUGUUGGGUAUGUGCGCCGUAGUCAUAGCGGUCCUAUCGGGCGGUAUCACCUUUUUGAAGGUGACCACUGACCCCGUGGAACUUUGGGCAGCUCCGAACAGCCAAAGUCGCUUAGAGAAGGAUUUCUUCGACCAGAAUUUCGGACCUUUCUACCGGACCAACCAGAUUUUCAUCAAGACAGUGGGCAUCGAUCCGUUCGAGUUUACCUCCGAAUAUGGUGGUAAUGUCACAUUAGGCCCUGCGCUCGAUGCAACAUUCCUGAAAGAAGUAUUCAAACUGCAAAAAAUGAUAGAAAAUAUAACAAUCGAAGCAAAAGGUGACGAUGGAAAUGUAUUGAGAAAGGGCCUGGAGAAUAUUUGUUUCGCCCCGCUGCGCACCGUUUAUUCUGGACCAGCCACUGUCGAUGAAUGUACAGUCAUAUCUCUGUUAGGACUUUUCAACAACGAUAUCAGUAACUUCGAGAAAAAUACCACCAAGUCCUAUGAAACUAUUGUUGGUUGCCUUCGGGCUCCUUACACCAUAAAUUGUUUGGCCCCGUACGGAGGCCCCAUUAUACCAGGUGUCGCGAUGGGCGGUGGUUCGGAAAGCCUCAAUUUUUUGGACUCUACCGGUAUCAGUCUCACUUUUUUGACAUCAAAUUAUGUGGAUAAAAGCGAACUCACAGACACUCUGGAAUGGGAGAAAAAAUUUAUUUCAGCGCUGAAACAGUAUGACGAUAAUGACAGACCAUCUUUCAUGGACAUUGCAUACAGUGCAGAGAGAUCUAUACAGGACGAAAUCGAAAAUUUGUCCAAAUCCACCGUCUCGACCAUCGUGUUGAGUUACGCUGUGAUGUUCGUUUAUAUAACGCUGGCAUUGGGAAAAAUAACAAACUGGAGAUAUUUUUUCUAUGAAUCCAAGUUUUCCUUGGGUUUGGGAGGAAUUGUGAUAGUAUUUAGCGCUGUCGGAUGUUCCAUAGGGAUAUGUGGAUAUUGUGGUUUGACGACCACCAUGUUAACCAUCGAGGUGAUACCGUUUCUCGUACUUGCUGUUGGUGUGGACAACAUUUUUCUCAUAGUUCAAACGCAUCAAGAAAAAACUAGGGAUAAAAACAAGUCGGUCACGGAGACCGUCGCAGACACCAUGGGAAAAAUUGGCCCCAGCAUCCUACUGACCAGUUCCACGGAAAUAUUUUGUUUCGGGAUAGGUGCUCUGUCUUCUAUGCCGGCUGUCAAGACUUUCGCCAUCUACUCCACCGUGGCUGUGUUUUUUGAUUUUCUUUUCCAAAUGACCGCCUUUGUAGCAUUAUUGACUCUGGACGAACAAAGAUACGAGAAAAAUUUACUGGAUGUGCUUUGCUGCCUGAAAAUCAAAACUAAUGACGAAAAGAUAGACAGAUGUGGUUUUCUGGAGAGAUUCUGGAGGGAAUAUUACGUGCCAGCGGUUAUGAAAUUCCCAGUUAGAAUUAUCAUUGUGGUACUUUUCACAUGUUUAUUGUGUGGUUCGAUUUUGCUGGCACCUAAAAUAGACAUAGGGUUGGACCAAGAAUUAUCAAUGCCAAAAGGAAGUCAUGUUCUCAAGUACUUUCAAUUUCUGAAGGACCUACUGAGAGUAGGCGUACCUGUAUACUGGGUGACAAAGGGGCAUGUGGACUAUUUCGAUCCGGAAAUAUCGAACAGGUUGUGUGGCAGUUCAGAGUGUUCUCCACAUUCUGUUAGCACGCAAAUAUACAUGGCAGCAUCGAAACAAAACAUCACGUACCUAUCGAUCCAAGCCAACUCUUGGCUGGACGACUUCAAAGAGUGGAGCCAAACGGAAGGGUGUUGCAAGUACUUCGAUGAGAACGAGUACUUUUGCCCUCACACUUACAAUGAAGGCUGCAGCCCUUGCGACUACGCGUCGGUGAACAAAACGAAAAGCAUCUCCCAGUACGACUACUAUCGGACGUAUCUGCCGCACUUUUUGAACGACAAUCCGAAUCCGUCUUGUGCCAAAGGGGGACAUGCAGCCUAUGCCAGAGGGAUGAACUAUAUAUCAGAUGACAAAGGUGUCACCAACAUUGUUUCCUCGAAUAUCAUGUCUUACCACUCCAUCGUGAAAACAUCUUCCGAUUACAUAGAAGCGCUAAGAUAUGCUAGGUUCAUCGCUCGCAACUUGACAGAGACUUUGAAUGUGGCUGGCGUUGAGAUUUUUCCAUACAGUGUAUUUUACGUGUAUUUCGAGCAGUACCUGACCAUCUGGCAGGAUACCCUUGGUUCCCUGGCCUACUCCAUACUGUGCGUUUGGCUAACGACGUUCCUUUUGACAGGAUGCAGCAUUUUCUCGUCUCUGUCCAUAACGGUUACCGUGGUCAUGAUCAUCACGAACAUGUUGGGCAUGAUGUGGCUGUGGGACAUCUCUCUGAAUGCCAUUUCAUUGGUCAAUCUCGUCAUGAGUGUGGGGAUAUCUGUUGAAUUUUGUGGUCACAUUGUCCAUUCAUAUGAGCAUUCAGAGAAAGAAAGUUCAGUUGAAAGAGCUACUGACGCUUUGGCAACCACUGGCAUUAAGGUCAUCAGUGGCAUCACUUUGACGAAAUUUUGUGGAAUAAUCGUGUUGGCGUUCGCAAAUUCAGAAAUUUUCAAGAUUUUCUAUUUCCGGAUGUAUAUGGGGAUAGUCGUUAUUGGUGCUCUACAUGGUCUCAUCUUUUUGCCAGUAUUUUUGAGUUUCGUAGGUUUGAUAAAAUAUCCACUGGUUGGAAGUCAAUCUCAAAGUGAGGGAAUCGUCCCAGAUGACAGGAACAGCAUUUCUCACAUUGGUUGAUAUCAAUCAUAUCUCUUCGAAAUCAAUAGAUCAACAGACAGAGCCGGAUUUAGAGGUCUGGAGACCCUGGGGCAACAAAAGAGUGGAGGCCCCUUGGCUCCUAAUUGUUUUCCAUUUGUAAUUAACAAAUUUCUCGGUCAAUAUUUUUUUGGGAAACCAACUCGAUCAUUUGAAAUAUACAGGAACUUUUCUUCUCAUUUUGACCUCAGCAACAUGCUCCUGUAAUUUUUACGCAUACUUAAGAAACACCCGGUAGAAAUAUUGUCAAAAACAAGAAUUAUCUGAUAGAAAGUUUUGUCCCAUCGGGCUGCAGCCUGAGAUGCCCUCCCCUAAAUCCGGCACUGUCAACAGAGUAAUCUUAAGCUGCAUGAACUUAGUAUUUAUUUUAGUGCUUCAUUUUAUAUUACAGUAUGUAAACUGAAUAAUAAACAGAGUUACAUUUU